AUUUUCGGCGUUACUCGUUCUUACUUCCACAGCUAUAAAAGAAUUUACCGUGUUUACUCCACGAAUAACUGAAGUUAUGUCUGUUCCUAAAUCACCUGAAGAUGUUGAUCUACGGAAUAUAAUUGACAAGUUGGCAAAUUUUGUUGCCCGGAAUGGAUCCGAAUUUGAACAAAUGACCAAAACAAAACAGAAAGAUAAUCCAAAGUUCAGCUUUCUGUUUGGUGGGGAGUACUUCAACUAUUACCAAUAUAAAGUGACGACAGAACAAGCAAUUAUCAAGCAGCAGCAGAAGAAACUACAGGACCGGCAGGUUGUACAACUACCAGUAUACUCGCAGGCCGGGCAUGCAGGGCCUCUCCCUCCUGGCAUUUCGGGAGUUGGGCAGGGUCCGCCGGUCAUGCCUGCAGUAUGGGUCAAUACACAGCAGCAGUUACAACAGGCGGAAGCAGCCUACCAGCAACAGAAGGAACAUGCUGAGCAGCAGAUUAUCCAGAGUGAACAGAAUCUAGCAGCACAGUAUCAGGUCAUGAUGCAAGGCCAGCAGUCUUCGAUCCAAGAAGGUGUGGCCAAGGCAGAGAAUGAACGUCUAGAGUUGCAGGCGGAGGAGUGUGGAGUAGAAAUGAGCGAGUUAAACAACAUGGCUCAGUCUAUCAUUGAUUCCUGUACUAAGGAUGCGAUAUCGGUACGAUGCUUAUUCAGAUAUUUGAAUACUGUGUGUCGUGGUCAUUGCAAAAUCGUCAAUAGUUCAACACAGCUCAUUAUUAACAUUCUGUCUUCGAUCCAAGAAGGUGUGGCCAAGGCAGAGAAUGAACGUCUAGAGUUGCAGGCGGAGGAGUGUGGAGUAGAAAUGAGCGAGUUAAACAACAUGGCUCAGUCUAUCAUUGAUUCCUGUACUAAGGAUGCGAUAUCGAAUGGAAAAAACUGGAUUUUCAAUCACAACCUGUCUGAGCAGCAUUCCAUGGUGAUAGCCACAUACUUGCUAAGAAGGAUCACUGCAAAGGAGACGCCCUUUGAAGCCAAGCUUCACCUUGUUUACCUCAUCAAUGAUAUAUUACAUCACUGUGUCCGUAAGAAUGCGGGCUCACUGAAGACAUCCCUGGAGGCAGUUGUUGUACCAAUCUUUUGCAGCACACACAUGGCAGCUGACGUGCCAAAGCAAGAGAAACUGGCGAAGCUGCUAGGCCUCUGGGAGAAGAAUGAGUAUUUCAGUCCAAGAACACUAGAGCAGUUAAAGAACCCUGCUGCUUCUGUGUCCAACUACCAGGUGCUUUCAUUCAGCAUUCGCCACUUUUUCAUCGUUGCCCAUGCUCUCCCGUGGUUUAUCCGGGUCGACACGUGUUAUGUUCUAGGCUCCGCCGCUGCGCAGGCACCCGUUAGCUCACAGGCGGCGCCACCUUCCGCAUCCCAGCGGUAUCCACCUCCGCCAAGCUUCCAGCAGCCGCCGCUAGACUUCAGCAAGCCUCCCCCGGAUUUCAGCAAUCAGAUUCCGCCACUGUUUGGCAGUCCGAGGCCUCCGCCUUUCCCCCCAGCAGUGCCAGUGUCAGUGGCUCCGAUACCACCAAACAUCGACUUCAGUAAACCGCCGCCAGGGUUUCCAGCCAUUCUGCCGCCCAACUUCAACGUACCACCACCGGCGGCAGCACCGGUGCUGGACGCGAACGAUCCGAGUCUGUUUCCGUCGGUCCCGUAUUACGAACUUCCGGCUGGACUGAUGGUUCCGCUCGUGCGCCUGGAAGACUGCGACUAUAAGUCGUUGAACCCGGACGACAUCCGCCUGCCGCCGCCGAUGCCUCCUAACGAACGUCUGCUGGCAGCUGUGGAAGCCUUCUACAGGCCUCCGUCGCACGAGCGCCCGCGCACUGCCGAAGGCUGGGAGAAACUCGGCCUCUACGAGUUCUUCAAGGCAAAGAAGCAAGCACUUCAGGACCAGAGAGCGAAGGGAGUUCCUCCGCGCUCGCGAUCCAGGGGACGAUCAAAGUCGACGUCGCCAAGGUCGCGAUCAAGGUCGAGUUCAAGGUCGCUGUCGCCGCCGCGGCGACGGCGCUACAGCGAUCGCGUGCGCUCGAGGUCGAGGUCAAAGUCUCGAAGCCGAACGCCGCCCCGCACGAGACGCGGGCGUUCAAGGUCAAGGUCUGUGUCAAAGUCAAGGUCACGCUCUCGUUCGGUGACCCCUCCGUCGUAUCGCCGCAGAUCUCCCGUACGAAGAAGCCGAUCUCCACAUAGUUUCAUGGGACCGAUGCAUUCGAUGACUUUAGAUACAAAGUUAGAUGAAAGUAACAAAGGACACAUGCUGAUGAAAAGAAUGGGUUGGGGCGGCGCGGGUUUGGGCGCUGCGGAGCAGGGUAUCCAGGACCCGAUCACGCAAGGAGAGGUGCGAGACCGCGUUGACAUGUACAAGGGCGUUGGAAUUUCCGUGGACGACCCGUUCGAGAACUUCCGCAAGAGCAAGAGUCAGGGUUUCAUCCAGCGCAUGAAGGAAGCCCAGGAGGCGCAGAAGAAAACGACGGCGAGCGCUCCCAGCACGUGACGCUUGGCGCCAUCUUCAGGGCGUUCGCUGAACUAGGCGAAAGAGAAAUUCCAAUCGGAAGAGAAAUUGUAAAUGUCGAGCGUUGCGAGACUUUCCCGUCGCGUUUCGAACGGAGGUUCCUUGAUGUCAUAGUCGCCACAUAUGUUAGUGUGUGAAGUACGCCGAAGUUUACCUAUGUCCAUCUGAUCAAGAUGAUUGAACCCAUGUGCUGGUCAGUGAAGCUAGACCAGUCUACAUAUGUUUUUCACGCGUGGAUAUUGUUGGCUUUACGGCACUUAGUUGCCAAGUAUUGUCUUUGGGAACAUUCUUUUUGCAACAGCAAUUCAGUAGGGCUGACUAGCAGUCCUGUCCGGCAGAUAGGUCUAUUUAUUUCCAUCUUGCCACAAGAUGUAACUGAUGCUUGAACUAUGGUGUUGAAAUCAGUGACCUGUAGUUAUUUACAUUGCAUAUUGGCCAGGUUGGCCAAGUGGAGAGACUAUUGUUUAUUGUAAGGUUUGAUACAUUGCAUCAAAUAGCAUUGAUUAAAUAUGUUCGACUGCAUAUAGAUCAAUCACUGGAGGUUAUAGACAGUGGAUGUAAAAAAUAUGAGCCGCCACAUUAUGUAGUAAGCAAAUAAAAUUCGUCUACCUUAUAACGUUUCUUGUUGAUUCGUAUGUUUAGUAUUGUUUACAUGUCUGUUUUUUGUCCAGUGGCAUUUUAGCAGGUUGUAAUAAUGCCUAGCAGGCUAUCAAUUUACCUAUCAGAUAGACUUAUGGGUAUUUUCGAGUCAGCAAGGAACACCUUAUUCCCUUCACGUCACGUGUCUAUAUACGUAACGUAAGUCUCGCAUAUUCAAACAUCAUAUAUUCAAAACAUUCAUACAUUUAUCACUAGACGGUUAUAUUUUGCAUAUCUGGUAGUAGGACGUUUAUGGAAAAAGAACGCUCGUAUCAGUCAAAAUAAUAAUGUGGAAGUAUUACAAUUA